GCCAUUGAUCGGUACCUUCCCGCCACUAUAUACUGGUUUUUUCGAGUAAGUUACCCUUUGAACUCUCUCACCUGGAUCAUUAUUCAUGAAUCGUCGCGGUAGGAAAGUUUCGUGCCGCAUAUAACUGGUCGUCGUCCUCAAUCCAAGAUUAGUUUCCUUGAAAAGCUUUCGUCGCUUGAUAAACAAUCUUAGCCGUAGAAAUUCGUCGCCACGAAAGAAGAAUUGUCACUACGAAAGGAGAAUCGACGCCUCGAAAAUCGAUUCGUCGCUCAGAAAACGAUUCGUCGCCACGAUUACUGAGGUUUACGGGGAAAAAUCGUUUUGACGCGCCAUAGUCUCGUGGUGGUGCACGCCGCGCGCGCACGCGACGACGAGACUACGCGCGCGCAUUCAUGACACCACACCCCCGCGCGCGCGCGUGAUGCUGUAUUAUAAUUAUGGCGGGGGGGGGGGGGGGGGGGGGGGUCUAGUAUAUAUACCCGCGCCUAGCUGCCGCGCCUAUAGUCUCGUAUAUAUACCCAGCCGCCCUCAGGAUAUAAACGGCCGGACCAGGGGACACCCAGGAUCGAGACACCAAGAUACAUCAGUAUUCUCAAGAUUUAUCAACAGCCAAAGAUUAGCUCAGUUCAUGCCAUGAUCAUGGCUGCAUGUGGAGGUGAAAUUCUGGUGUUGCUUCUACUAAUUCCAGCCCAGUGUUUUGCACAAGAGAUUCUCCAUGCUCCCGAGAGUACAACAGUCUUUCUAAACAAACCGGCAGUUUUUACAUGUGAGACAGGAGGUGGCGACACUUUGUGGCUAGUCAAUGGAACACAGCUGGGGCUCCUGCCUGACAUACGUAGUGACCUGGUUCUCUCAGAAGAGAUUACUACUCCUGAAGGGAGUUCAGUGCAGAAUCUGACCAUCCCAGCCAGACCCCAGUACAAUGGAACUAGAGUUCAGUGUGCUUCAGUGAUAUUUCGUGGCCCUGUAGUGGAGAGUGACAAUGCCACAUUGACAAUUCAAGGUCCACCACUGUCAGCAGUAGGUGAUUUGAAAGUUGAUGCUAAAAAAGCCAGCUCAGUGACCAUCUCGUGGAGUGCUCCAUUCUCUCUGGAUGUGACUGGUGUUGAUCCUGAUAUCUGGUACUCUGUCCUCAUCUACAAUGUGACAGAUGAGAACAACCCAACAGCCAUCCCCUCUGCCAAUGUUACUAACACAAGUUAUACCUUCACUCCUGGCUCUGCCACUCCCUGUCAGAAGUUUCUCUUCUCUGUCAUCCCGUUCAAUGGAGCUGGCCAGGGAGAGAGCAGUCCCAAUGUCACUGGAUAUGUUAUCAACUCUUCAGCACUUAUAACGACUCAGAUGCAAGCUAUCUCUAGGGAGAAGACCAAUGUUACCUUUAUGGCAAGGAGUAAUCCCACCAGUGAAAUUUGUAGUAGCUGGAGAGUCACUCCUGAUGUAAUGGAUGAUCUUGUCCUUGAAAAGCCACCAUCACCAGAAGGACCGAAUGUCACCUACCAACUCCGUGCUGACAAGAGAUAUUCAUUCCUGGUGUCCCUUCCUAUUAUCACUAGUGGAGAAACCCCCCCACGGAUCAAUUUCACUACAUAUGAUGUCCAGAGUGCUGCUGCUGACACCACCAAGGGUACCAAUAAUGAGAUAAAGUUGAAUGGAGAGUUCAUUAAAGACACGACGGCUCUGGGGUGUUUCGUAGUUUUACAAUGUGAAUAUGGAAAUCCUGAUGUGUUCAUAGCCCUACUACUGCCUGAUGACUCCAGCACUUAUGUACAGAGUACUAUUCAUGACAUUUUAUCUUCAACGUACCACAUGUUCGUCUAUGACCUUGAGGAAGAUGGACUGCCUAACAGCCAUCCUGCUGUUGAACAGAACACUACUGUCACUGUUGUGGGGAACGGUCCCAUCGCUGAUGCAGAAUCUGAAUUUAUAAACAAUGCCAGUUUGUACUGGAAUGGGUCAGCAGUGAAUGUCAGGUGUGAGUUCAAAGAAGGUAUAGAGGGAGCCUCAUGUGUCCUGGUCUAUCGAGAGUAUGGUAACAAGACACUAGUGGUGGAGGAAUAUACUCAGAACACUGUCUUCCCUGUGACUCUGACUGUUGGUGGAGAUCUGGAGAAAUACACAUUGGCUAUAUUUGGAAAAGAUGGUUCCAUGGUCGAUCAAAGACCAAUUAUUGCAGGAAGAGUGGAUGUUACUGAGACAACUACACCAACUAUUACUGUAUCGGCAUCCUCUGAUGGAAGCACAUCACCAAUUGCUAUUGGAGUGUCAGCUACUGUAUCGUUUAUCAUAGUUACUCUUGUCAUCUUGGCUGUAGUUGUGCUGAUUUUGUGGAGGAAGUCACACAAAGGUGGUUACAGCUCCUCUGAUGUAGUUCCAAGUUACUUUUGUUCUCCUUCCCCGAGUGAAUGCAGUAAUGCUAGUGUAGCCAGCGGUUCUCAACUGAUAUCAGAUGAUGGUGGCACCAAACCUAAAAAGGAUGAACAUGCUGAAGGAGAAGCCAAACCUCCAUUUAGUGGGAAGACCUCGUACCAAAGACAGGACAGUGGCGUAAGUGUGAGCACUCCUCCAGUGAUGUCCAAACAAAAGGGGAUGUACACGGAUGUGAAACCCUCAACAUCAGGGGUGCAACCCCCUAUCCCAGAGGACACCAGAGUCCAGUACCAGGAGAUUGACACUAGAACUACUCAUAAAAUGGCCCGUUCUGCCUAUGCUGACUUGGGACCUCUUCCUACCAACAGGCCAAAAACCCCCAAGAUUGAGACCAAGACACAGGGCCCCUAUGUUGAUGUUCUACCUAUUGCCGCUACUCCUGUGACUGGCAAUGGCAAUAGAGACAAGAAGAAUGCAGACAAGGCAACACCCAAAGGACCCCCCACAGUGGAGUCAAUGAUGUCACUGUUGUGGGGUGUGGCAGGUCGUUGGAAGGAGAUAGCAGAGGGUAUGGAGUUUGAUGAGGAUCUGAUUGAUGAGAUAGACACCAACAACGACAUGGAUGAGGGCUGUCUGCGGGUGUGUGUGGAGAUGUGGGUUUUCAAACUACAGCCAUCCUGGGAGAAACUAUCUCGUGCACUGAGAGAUCUUGGGGAAGAGGAACUGGCCCGUCAGGCCGGGAAUAAAGAGCCACAAGAGCAGUGGCAGGUACCGAGUAGGCAGACCAGUGACUCAAGCUCAAGUGGAAUCGUUGCUGAUGCCUCAUCUCAGUCCACUGACUUCAGUGGUGAGGUGGUACUGAGAGUGAGAAGACGCAGGCGCAGCUCGUGACUGAUGGCAACAAUGAAGAUGGAAGCAGGGGAGGCAAGAAAAUGAUGCCGAAUAAUUGUUCAAGUGGCGAGCAAGAUGCCAGAUCUGCAUUUUUGGCUUACCCUGCUCUCCACGAGGAGGCUCCAACUGUCAGUGGGAGCAGUGAGGAGGAUGAGGAUAUCAUGUGUGAUGUUGGGACUAACGCCACUGUCGGAAUCAGAGCAGCGUGGAGAAAGUGACCAUUGUGAGUGGCACUUAUCUCUUCGACUUUCCCUACAAACCUUCUCUUGAAG